AUGUUGACGAAACAUAGACAGUUGAGCAGUGGCAGUGAUGAUGGUGCAAUCACAACCGCUAGACGUGAAGUAUCACCGGUCAUUGAGAACGAGCUACCGCAAAUAGCCCCCAGCGGCAAAAUCGUCGUCCUCAAUGGAUUCCCAGGCUCAGGAAAGCUCACCAUUCUUAGGGAGACCAAAGCGCUCCUGCCCGUCGACAGAACCUGCCUUUUAGAUAACCACUUGCUCAUCGACCCUGUAGUAGCAGUUCUUCCUGACCGAACUGACGAACACUACGAACUACGUCGCAAGGUCCGAGCACCCAUCUUCAAGAAGCUAGGAGAACUUGUACAAGAAGGCCAUAUCAUCCUUAUGACAGCAUGCCUCGCUGAGGAUAACGAGAGGGAUAGAGCAGUUUUCGAAGAGCACUUGGAUAUUGUGCGUGGGACUGGCAUACCCAUCUUCUGGAUCAGUGCACAAUGCGACCAGAAGAUCCUAGAGCAGCGCGUUGAGAGCCCCGAGCGGGACCAUGGUGCCAAAACAAAGUUAACCGACAGAAGAAUCCUCCGGGACUUGUUGCAGAAACACUCUCUUGUUGAUCCAAGCAAGAGCGCUGACGGAUCCACGAGAUUGGUUUCAAACACCUUGGAUGUGAGCGGUCCUGUAGGGCAAUCUGUCAGCCGUCUGAUUAGCAUGAUCAACUUUCCAUAG